AGACGGAGAAAGUAUAUUCAGUUUACUGUGAUAGAACGGAAGUCGAUGCCAGUCCUUGUCGAACAUCGGGAAUCUGUUUAUCGCUUUCUUUUCUAAAAAAUAAAGUGAACAAACGAUGGCGCGGCUCGUCACAAAAUCCACUGAAUUAGUAAGACUUGGUAUUACUCAGGCAAAACCCAUGCUGCAAGUAUGGGCGCAGUAUGCCAAAGUAGAACUGACACCACCCACAUUCAAAGACAUUUCUGCAAUUCGCAGUGGAUUCUCAAGAUUGAUCCACAGUGCACGGACCGGUCGUUAUCGUGAAGUCACCGUGCGUGAGGCUAUCAUCAAUACCUUAGUGGCUGCUGAAAUAUAUUGCUGGUUCUAUGUCGGAGAAUGUAUUGGAAAACGACAUCUUAUUGGAUAUGAUGUAUAAGUACUCUGUGUAUUCAAUCUCAUAUAGAUAAUCCGUGUAUAAAUUAUAGAUUCGCUCAUAAAUAUAUAAAAGUAUAAAUUAGA